AGACUUGUGGUAUCGCCUUGCCUUGACACCCAUGGCACAGAAAUAUGGAAAACAUCUUUCUUAUUUGACAGGGAACAAAAUGUGCUCAAGCUGGCACUGGAGACUGUGUAUACUUCUAAUCUGCUCGAGUUAUAUUUGUAAUGCUGCGGAUGAUGACUCAAAGUCUGAGAAGGAACCAAGCGAGAAAGAUAAAGAAGGAGGUUGGCUGGCUUGUGAUGGAACCGAACUUGAGACCUGUCACUGUGAACAAGAAGAGAUCGACUGCGAUAAGGUGGUUUUCAAAGACGACGCACCGCUAGCGACAGCCAACCUAGAUAUUUUCAAUAAAUCUUUUAAAGUGUCAAGAGCGACGUUUCGGGAAGAUAGCAUAAUAAGUCUGAAGAAGGGCAAAAUACUACCCGAUCAUUAUAAGACCAUAAAGGAGUUGGACUUUUCAAAAAAUCGCAUCGCUCACAUAGAAAGUGGGGCCUUCGAAGGUUUCACGAAUCUCAGGAAGCUCUACCUAAGUUUCAACAGACUAACUCAACUAAAAAAGGACCAGUUUCUGGGACUAGACGGCUUGCAUCAACUUUAUCUCGAGAGCAACAAAAUCACCACCCUACAGGACGGAGUAUUCGAACAUCUGACGGAUUUGAAGAGGCUUGUCCUCGAUGGGAAUAAAAUUAAAUUCAAGAAGGAGAUGUUCAGAGGACUAGACUCUCUCGAAGAACUUAGUUUGGACAAUUGUGGAAUCGAAGAUUUGGAUGUGAACGCAUUUGAAUAUCUAUCGCAUCUGGAUAAGCUCUCUCUCCGAGGAAAUCCAUUCACUGAAGUGCCACGUGCUGUCAAGCACCUCGUUUUUCUGCAAGAUUUGGACCUGAGCGGUACCAAUCUAGCCGAAAUUCAUGCGGAGUCAUUAAAAGAUGAUACUGUUUUGAAACAACUAUACAUAUCUGAUUUGCCAUACCUCUAUGCCGUGCAGGACUGUGCGUUCUGCAAUUUGGAAUCGCUCGAGGUUGUCCAUAUGAACAACUGUUCAAAGCUUCAUGAAAUACAUCCAAACGCGUUUGGAUGGUCUGAGGCAAGUGAAGGAAAAGUCACGGGUUUGAAGCAUUUCUAUGUAGAACAUUGCAAGCUCGAAUCAAUCAGCGAGGAUCUCUUGCCAUGGGAUACGUUGGAUGAGCUCGGCAUCGGUGGAAAUCCAAUAAAUUGCAAUUGCGAAACGGCGUUCCUUCUUGAAGAUGAAUAUUUUUCCUACGAUUAUACUAACACAAUACCCAAAUGUGCUGCUCCUCCGAAUUUAAAGGGACGACCGUUUACAAAGGUUGCGCAAGCAGACGCAUGUCCAGUAAAAGCACGUGCUGAAAAGAGUGGUCGAAUGGCAGGGGUAUUCAUGAUGCUUUUAAUCCUAGUAUUCUGCACGAUUGGAGUUUACUACUGCAUAGUGAAUAAAAAAUAUGAAGUUUUCGUGAAGCGUAUCCAACAUCCACCUCUGUCCUAUUCGAAUCUUUCCAACAAAGAUGAUCAACAGGGACUUGAGCAGGAUUUCCAACAACGACCGGAAGAUGUCUAGAGUACCUAGGUUGUCCGUUUCUAACUAAUUCAUGGUUUGUAUUACAUGUUGACUUACGGUUGUAAAUAGCGUGAUUUGUCCGCUUUAUUCAUAGUGAAUACGUUUUAUAAUCGAAAAAUAAAAACGAAA